CUUUCUUAAGGUGUAGAGCUGUCUUAGUAGAGUUGUAGAGCUCCAUGCUCAAAUAGUUUCUUGUACUGGGAUCCCUGAUUAUCUGGAUAUCAUCCCAGUACAAUGUAUAUAUUAGUUGGUGUAAAGUAUUGGUUAAGUUGGUGUGAAGUAUUGGUCAAUGUAUAUAUUAGUGGUGACAAUGAUGUAAAGUAUUGGUUACGUUGCUGGGCAAAUUUAUCUAAAUUAAAUAAUGUGCCCUUUAGUAAACGUGAUGGGAUUAACCACUAUGAUUGGUUAUAAACUCACUUUGACUUCUGAGAAUUUUUGAAAGUUUGGACAUCAAAUCUAUGACAGGAGAAGCAAGAGAACAGACAGAGGCAUGGAGAUACUUUUACAGAGAUGUCAUGCCGUUCACCGCAAUGGUCGCGGUGGAGUGUGUCGCGGUUGGAUCUAACACACUGUUCAAGGCUGCGACAUUGAACGGAUUGAGCUUCUAUGUCUUUAUCUUCUACACUUAUGUUGGUGCUACACUUGUUCUUCUUCCACUUUCCCUCAUCUUUGGAAGGUCAAAAAGAUUACCUUCACCCAAGACCCCUGUCUUCUUCAAAAUUUUCUUACUUGCGCUUGUCGGGUUUAUGUCGAUGAUAGCUGGUUGUAAAGGUAUAGAAUAUAGUUCUCCAACUCUUGCUUCUGCUAUCAGCAACCUCACACCAGCUUUCACAUUCACGCUUGCUGUUAUCUUCAGGAUGGAACAAGUAGUCUUAAGGAGCUCUGCGACUCAGGCUAAAAUCAUUGGCACGAUAGUAUCAAUAUCUGGUGCUUUGGUUGUUGUUCUUUAUAAAGGCCCUAAAGUUCUAACUGCAGCAUCUCUUACACCUCCAUCACCUACCAUUUCGCUUUACCAGCAUUUGACUUCGUUCGAUUCGAGUUGGAUAAUUGGAGGGCUCUUGCUCGCUACACAGUAUUUACUUGUUUCAGUCUGGUAUAUUCUUCAGACACGGGUCAUGGAGUUAUACCCUGAAGAAAUAACUGUAGUAUUCUUGUACACUUUAUGCGCAACACUAAUCUCGGCACCAGUAUGUCUAUUUGUGGAAAAAGACUUGACUUCUUUUAUGCUUAAACCAGGUCUCUCCCUUGCUGCAGUCAUGUACUCGGGAGGCGUAACUUCAUCAUUGGGUACAGUUAUACACACAUGGGGUCUGCAUCUGAAAGGUCCAGUCUACAUAUCCUUGUUCAAGCCAUUGUCUAUUGUCAUAGCCGUAGCUAUGGGUGUUGUAUUCCUUGGCGAUGCACUAUACCUUGGGAGUGUCAUUGGAUCAAUGAUUUUGAGCUUAGGAUUCUACACUGUGAUUUGGGGAAAGGCAAGAGAGGAUGCAAUCAUAACGGUGAAUCGUUCUGAGCAGUUGCCUUUGUUGCUUACACACCAAGCCUCAUCAUAAAAUGUGACUGAUGCAAGUGGAAUCUGUUUAUAAAUAUGGAGCCAUUCAGAGAUGGGAAUGGUCCCCAUUGAUGUUAACGUAUACAUAUCUUACAUUGUACAUAUAAUAAUUAUAAGGAUUCGUGUACUAUUUCACGGAUAUAUAUGGAUAUUUUCUUUAGAGGAAGACGACUGAUAUUGCCAUAUUAUUAUUACC